AGAGAAUAUGAGAGAGAGAAAGAGAGAGACAGAGCGCUGACUCCUCCUCGUUCUCCGGUGUCAAAGUUGACAUCAGCCCUGGAGCCGAGUUGAACAGGAGCCUCGUGCGUGAACGGGAGAGCGAGCUCACAUCUUUCAGUGGCGAAUGCUGCACGGAGUUAUGUACCUCGCGCUGCCUUGCCCUCUGAACUGCCUGCCGUCAUGGAUUGCAACCCGCGCGCGAAACCUAUACUACUUUUUAUUUUACUGUUCAUCUUGUCGUUUAUCCGCUCAGCACUUCUGAUCAUCCACCCGUCCAAUGAAGUGAACCUGUUGGACUCCAAAGCCAGCCAGGGGGAGCUGGGAUGGAUCUCCUACCCAUCACAUGGGUGGGAGGAGAUCAGCGGAGUUGAUGAGCACUACACUCCCAUCAGGACCUUCCAGGUGUGUAACGUGAUGGAGUACAGUCAGAACAACUGGCUGAGGACCAACUGGAUCCCCCGUCAGUCGGCCCAGAAGAUCUACGUGGAGCUAAAGUUCACCCUGAGAGACUGUAACUCCAUCCCCCUGGUCCUGGGGACCUGCAAGGAGACAUUCAACCUGCUGUACAUGGAGACAGACGAGGACCAGGGCAGUCACUUCAGAGAACACCAGUUCUCUAAGAUCGACACCAUCGCUGCAGACGAGAGCUUCACCCAGAUGGACCUGGGGGACCGCAUUCUGAAGCUCAACACGGAGGUCCGGGAGGUGGGGCCUGUUACGAAGAAGGGCUUCUACCUGGCGUUCCAGGAUGUGGGGGCGUGUGUGGCCCUGGUGUCAGUCAGGGUCUACUUUAAGAAGUGCCCAUUCAUUGUGAGGAACUUGGCCUCCUUCCCUGAUACCGUGCCAAUGGACUCUCAGUCAUUGGUGGAGGUGAAGGGCUCGUGUGUCAAUCACUCCAAGGAGGAGGAGCCACCGCGUAUGUACUGUAGUACAGAGGGAGAGUGGCUAGUGCCCAUAGGGAAGUGUCUGUGUAACGUUGGCUAUGAGGACAGAGGGAGCUCCUGCCAAGUAUGCAGAGCAGGGUUCUAUAAGUCUCUGCUGGGUAACGUCCAGUGUUCUAAGUGUCCACCUCACAGCUUCACCCAUCAUGAGGGAGCGCUACACUGUGGCUGUGAGAAAAACUACUUCCGUGCUGAUGGAGACCCGCCAUCUAUGGCCUGCACACGUCCUCCCUCCGCUCCUCGUAACGUGAUCUCAGUCAUCAAUGAGACCUCAGUGAUUCUGGACUGGUCCUGGCCGGAGGACACGGGAGGUCGUAAGGAUGUCACCUUCACCGUGCUGUGUAAGCGCUGCAGGCAGGGCCAGAGGGUGUGUGAGGCGUGUCGCAGUAAUGUGCGGUUCCUCCCCCGUGCUGCAGGCCUGCAGAACACUACCGUAACCGUGGGAGACCUGCUGGCUCACACCAACUACACCUUCGAGAUCGAAGCUCAAAAUGGAGUGUCCCAGUUAGCCCCAACAAUGAGGCAAUAUGCUGCUGUGACCAUCACUACCAACCAAGCAGCCCCUUCUCCAGUGACUGUGAUCAGGAAGGACCGUACGUCUCGUAACAGCAUCUCUCUGUCCUGGCUGGAACCAGAGAGACCCAACGGCAUCAUACUGGACUACGAGGUCAAAUACUACCAGAAGCAGGAGCAGGAGACCAGCUACACCAUCCUGCGCUCUAAGGGUUGUAACGUGACGUUGGGCGGUCUAAAGGCAGACACCUCCUACCUGCUCCAGAUCAGGGCCAGGACUGCAGCAGGCUACGGAGCCAGCAGCAGGAGCUUUGAGUUUGAGACAAGCCCUGACUCGUUCUCUAUCUCCAGUGAGAGUAGUCAGGUGGUGUUGAUAGCCAUCUCUUCCUCUGUAGCCAUUAUUUUGCUCUCCAUCCUCCUCUACGUGGUGAUUGGCAGGUUCUGUGGCUACAGCAAGUCUAAACAGCCUGAUGAAAAGAGACUGCACUUUGGCAACGGUCACCUGCGUCUGCCAGGAAUAAGGACCUACGUAGACCCUCACACCUAUGAAGACCCCAGUCAGGCCGUCCAUGAGUUUGCCAAGGAGCUGGAUGCUUCCUGUAUCGCCAUCGACAAGGUGGUGGGAGCAGGUGAGUUUGGGGAGGUGUGCAGUGGUCGUCUGCGUCUGCCCAGUAAGAAGGAGAUCUGUGUGGCAAUCAAGACGCUGAAGGCAGGAUACACCGACAAACAGAGGCGGGAUUUCCUGUCCGAGGCGUCAAUCAUGGGACAGUUUGACCAUCCAAACAUCAUCAGGCUGGAGGGAGUGGUCACCAGGAGUAAACCUGUGAUGAUAGUGACUGAAUACAUGGAAAAUGGAUCCUUGGACAGCUUUCUGAAAAAACAUGAUGCCCAGUUUACUGGUAUCCAGUUGGUGGGCAUGCUGCGUGGCAUCGCGUCGGGCAUGAGGUACCUGUCUGACAUGGGUUACGUCCACAGGGAUCUGGCCGCUCGUAAUAUCCUGGUGAACAGCAACCUGGUGUGUAAGGUGUCUGACUUCGGCCUGUCCAGAGUCCUGGAGGACGACCCCGAGGCAGCUUACACCACACGGGGAGGUAAGAUCCCUAUCAGGUGGACAGCUCCAGAGGCCAUCUCCUACAGGAAGUUCACCUCGGCCAGCGAUGCCUGGAGCUACGGUAUCGUGCUCUGGGAAGUGAUGUCAUACGGGGAGCGGCCUUACUGGGAGAUGUCCAAUCAGGACGUGAUCAAAGCGGUGGAUGAGGGCUACAGACUGCCUCCUCCUAUGGACUGUCCUGCAGCUCUGUACCAGCUGAUGUUGGACUGCUGGCAGAAGGAGAGGAACAACAGACCCAAGUUUGAACAGAUCGUCAGCAUCCUGGAUAAACUCAUACGCAACCCUGGGAGCCUGAAGAUCACAGCCAACACCUCAUCCAGGCCAGCCAACCUGCUUCUGGACAGGAGUAGUUCUGAGGUGGUUCCAUCGUUGGACACCAUGGGGGAUUGGCUGGACAGCGUGAGGACUCUGCCCUGUAAGGAGGCCUUCUCUGGGGUCAGCUACAGCUCCUGUGACACCCUGCCCAAGACCUCCGCAGAGGACCUAAAGAAGGUUGGUGUGACUAUCGUCGGCCAGAAGAACAUUGUGAGCAGUAUCAAAGCACUAGAGAGCCACAGUAAGAAUGGCCCUGUCCCAGUCUAACUCAACCAAGCCACUAGAGAUCCACAGAUUGGCUGACUGGCUGCCCUCUGGCCCC